AUGGUAACGGUGAGUAGCCGGGCUUUACGGCACAUUGACUCAGUAGCCGGCAUGGAGACCACGCGUGUGCGAACGUUCUUCAUAUUAACUCUGUUACAAGUAUGCCGAACUCAAACACAAAACAACACAUCUGAAUCAUGGUAUCUAGCAAACCUGAUCAAUGAUGGAUUCCAACCGAAAUCAAUUUCGGAAAUAUUCUCUACAGAAUCACCGUUCUCUAUAACCAAUCCCAUAGUGGUUAGGUCUCAAUCAACUUCACAACAUCAACCAGCGACAACACUGUCAUCCACUUUACCGCCACCAACUUCAUUUCAAUAUACGAGAGCAUAUGUGUCACCAUUGCCUUCAUCUACUUCGGUACCAGCUGCCUUGUCAACAGUAACCGCAUUUUCAUCAAGACAUCCAUCCCAAACGACUCGAGACAUUACUCAGUUUACAGAACAAACCCAAACACCCGUACAGACGAAACAAACAACUUUGUCGACAUCGACUUUAGCACAACAAACUACAACAACACCCUUACAAGCGUCUUCAAUCGCAGGCCGCUUCUCAGUACCAGUAGAGAAUGUAGAUGAACUUCAGUCCAUGCGAAAACAGCCCGGAUUAUCAACGCCGGGGACGUUGACAGGCUCCUUUGUUAUUUAUCAAAAUGAUGCUUUUCUUAACGGUCCUGGACAACAACCUUCUCUGCAAGGUGGGCUAUUUGGCACUGCGGUGCUACCACAGAAUUCUUUACGUGAACCAAGUUCAAUUCCUCAAACAAUCCAGACAUCUCGGGGACCAUCUAGUACAGCACCUACGUCGCAACCCGUAAGAACUACUGCGCAAAUAUCUUCAGGGCCAACUCCUAUACCAUUUUCUGAAAGACCAACGACAAGAAUUCAAGAAUCAAACAACUUGCAAAACCAAAAUCGCAACUAUUCUAACAGAUCACAAUUAAAUACUUUUGGACCUCUGCCCUUAAGAAUCCGUGUGGUGGGGCCACGGGGCGCUAUCACUAAUGUUAAUAUAAACCCCCGUGUAGUCGUAGCUUCUACCACAACCACCAAAAGACCAACGACUACUAGAACUCGUAAAACACCGAAACCUAAGAGAAAUACGUAUGAAGCUUGUCUAAGCGGUUGUAAAGCGAGGAGAGACCCAAUAUGUGCCAUUCCACUGUCUGCUACUUGGAUAGACCCAGAGAAGUUGAAGGGCUUCCCAUCUGUCUGCCACAUGGCUUGCUUUAAUUCCUAUAAGAAAGACGCAUACGAAAAACUUUUGGAUGGUCGGUGCGGGAGACUAAGAACGCGAAUACACACAUUGGACUCCAAUACUAAGCUGAAACGCGAAGAACUGAACAAGGCACAAUACUUCCUUGACGGCGGCGAUCAGACCGUUGUUGAGGUAUCUCCUUUAUAUAAGAAGUAA